AUGACAGAGGCGGAUUUCUACGAACACUUGGUGGAAGUGCGACGGGAGAGUGAAAUUGAGUUGGCCAAAACGAUCACUCGAAAGAAUGCGGAGCUCAAAGCCCUUCAGGAGGAGACGGAAUGCAAGCAUCGGGAGAUGAAGCAAUCAGUGGAUAUGCUGGAAAGGCAAUUAGCAGCAGCCAUAGAAAACGCAGAUCAAGUCCGGAGACAGUGUGAAGAACAGUCGAAACAGAUGCAAGCCUCAAUAAACGCUCAACUGGAAAAGUUGUUCCAAGAGAACGCUGAGCAAAGUGAGCAUCUGGAUCAAAAGCAUGCGGAAGAAAUACAUCAGCUCAAAACGGCGCACGAUUCAGACCUGUUACGUUUGAAGGAACAAACAGCAACGGUUGAGAAACUGAGGGCAGAUUUGAAUGAACAGGCCAGACACGUUAAACAAAUGGAAAUACUCUGUGCUGAAUUGACGGAGGAACGGAACAAUGCACUCGAACAGCGUCAACUGAUGGAACACGAAUUAAACGAGAGAACGGAGCGUAUCGUCGAAGUGCAGAAUGAGCUAAAUGAAACAAGCCUAAAGCUAAGGAACCUAGAGAUGGAACAUGACCGGUGCUUACGACAACAGACGGAGGCAAUUAUGCACAUGCAACAUGAAACGGUGAAACAAAUGUCCAAAACCCAACAGAAUUGCACAGAUGCACUCAACGCUUUGAACACAAUGAUUGGACAACUGACAGCGGAGAAACUACAUUGCACACUGGUGGAGCAAGAGAAAGGUCAGACAAACUCGAACGAUCGCAUUGCACAGGGGAAUAGCAUGAAAGUGUGUGAAGACGAGGACCCAUACGAACGGGCGAGCAGGGAGUUUCAGCGUUCUUCUACAGUGAACACGAACAAUGCGAAGACACAAACGGACGGUUUUGCAGCUCUGCAGCUAAACGAGGAAACAACCAAUUACAUACAAACAAAGUCCUUUGAAUUACUCAUCGAGAAGUUAAAAGAAGAUCAGCGGGUUUGUUUGGAGGCCGCCUUCUCGGAGAAGGAAGCAAGUCUUAUCCGUAAACAUGAAGCAGAACUCAGCCAGGUAAACCCUAUAAUAUUCUUCGCAUGUGAGCCCGUUGCUUCACAAAAUAGAAAAGAAAUACCUGAAUUAUCCACAAAAAUCAUUUUGCGGAUUACGGAGAACGAGUUAAAUUUGUAA